AUGGCGACAAGUCUUGUUCCACCUGGCUUUAGCGCGUCUAGCCCUCAGUCGCCUGUCGCAGAGACAUCCCCGGCCACAUCCUUGGCGAAUGUCUCCUCAUCUCAGAUUCUCCUCGAGCGGUCAGACAUAGACAAGUCGUUAAAGGCUCUCGAGGGCCUCGUCUCGCUGUUGUACGACUAUACACAACUCUGGCAAGGCCUCGUCUCAUUGGAUAAGAAAUUGGUUAAAGCAUUCAGAGACGCAGGCGGUCUUAAGCGUAACGGCAGUCCGGAGAGCGUUGAGUGGCCCAGCACCGUAUUCAUUACCUCGUCGCUUAUAUUUGACUCUGUCCAAGAUGUCGACUCCAAGUUUUCCAAGUUGGUCGAACGAGAAUAUGAAACUUGCACGCAGGAGUUGAAGAAAUGGAUUAAGAAGCUAAAGAAGGAAGACAAAGCCCUUGACGAAUACACCGCCGCCGCAAACGCGAAGAUCAAAGCCGCAGGGCAAGCAUACGAGAAGAAGGCGAGAAAAGGUGUCGCGUCAAGCCCUUCUGGUCCUUCACUUGAUUCCUACUCAGCACUAUUGUCGACCGUCUCCGCCUCAGUCAACAGUGCAAAGCACCAGCACGCGUUGUUUACGUCCAGUCGUCACGUCACUGCACUCUAUACUAUGUCGGGUAGUGUGGGACGCAUCGCAGAUGCUCAGUGGAUGAAGACUUGCGAUUUGCUGCGCCGUUGCGCGGGUAACAUAGGAGCGUUGGGCGAGAGUAGAAGCUAUGUGGAAGCUGGCUGGAGGGGUGGAGCUGUCGUUGAAUUACCUCUCAGCUUGCCAAUCCAGGAGACUAGCCCGGCAGGACACCCUGUGAUUCCGCCUGCAACAAGUCCUAUCGAAGCACCUCAAUCCCCUUAUGCAACUACUAGAACCCAAAGCUCAGAACCACUCACAUCUGCUACCGGAGAGACAGGCUUACCGACAAACACUAGGCAAGACUCUGCAAAAGCCCCCCUUUCGAAACCUGUAACGAAUUCCCACGAUGUUUUAGAGACGAUUGCAAAAGAACUAAGGUCUUCUGCUGACGACACGACACGACACCCGCAAGAUGGAGCCCAGAAGCCUGACACCAUUGUUGAGCCAACGAAACCAAAGAUGCCAGAGCCAAAACCUGCUGGCGCCAAUAAGGACGGUACGAAGCCACCGCUAGGGACGGAGACGAAGGCUGCUUCCGAUGAUAAACAUGAUACUGUAAAGGCCACCAAGAGCAGCGGGACGACAAGGACCACAGCAACCACAGACACAACGAAGACAGAUACUACUCAUUCCUCGAACGGGACGUCCGCCAAAGACACGGUGUCUGGUGAUUCUGAUUUCAAAGAGCCGAACUUGCAGACUACCUCACCCACCGCACGAGACCCAACAAGUAGCUCACACCCAGCUGGAGAAUCUCUAGCCUCCAAUGCUCCAAAGCCGGAUCUCGUCCAGACGAGCAUAAGGCCAAUAUCUCCAACGAAGACGCGAGGAGAGCUUGGUGCCUACUUUCCAGCUGCCGGCAAACCCACACCUCAAUCGCCAGUCGAGAUCGCAUCCCCUACACCGAUAUUUGCGGCACAUUCAACUACCCAACAAGGUACUCCACCCAUGCCACAAGCGCACCCGAACCUGCCACACGCCCCUACAUCUUAUGCUGGUCGAGCGAUGGGUCGUACGAGGAGUAUAGACUCGACGGCCAGUAGUGGUAGCUUGGUAGCUGCUAUGCGCGAUCGAUAUAAUGCCGCGUCGCCACCUCCUACUAUGCCUCCGAGCGCUCGAAGAGAGACGUUCUCUGGUCGGGAUAGAGAGGGAGGGAAAGUAUCGGAUAUGGCAAGCCGAUUCACCCCAAUUGAGGGCCCACUCGAGUACGAUUCACGUUAUCCGCGUCCUGGAUUUCCCAUUAGCCCACCUCCACUUGGGAGAGGGCUGACCGACAACUCGAGUCGUAACGGCGAUAAUCUACCAUUACGGACGCCGUUGACUCGCAACUCUGUCGACGAGUUUGGAUCAUCUUUCGCUGCUGCGACCCCUGGGAGAAAGCCCACGGAUAUGAUGGAUCGACGCCAGUAUCCUUCCAUGCCGUCUCAUAUGGGGGCAGGGCCAUCUUACGACGUGCGAAUGUCCGAGCUGGAGCUACAAGAACGUGAGCUCGAGUUGAAGCGAAGGGAACUGCAGCUAGCUCGGGAAAGAGAGGCCCUCAAGGCCCGGGAGCGUGGUCACGAUUUUCACGAGGACAGUGAGAGAGAGGGCUCUGGUUAUGGCGAUUGGAGACGGCGAAGGGACGAAGAUGAGAGGUAUCGACCGGGGGAUACCGGGUAUGAAAGUGCAUCCAGCAGGGACAUUCGUCCAGGACUGUACGGUCGAACGAGUUCUCGGAGGGAGGACGAAAGAUAUGGAUAUGACGCUGGGACACCGCGGAUGAAUGCAGCCAACUCUUCCGGUGCUUAUCGAGAGCAAGGGUUCACCAUGGGCUCGAGAAAUCCGGGCUCCAACGUGCCGUAUCACGACCUUUCGACUGGGCUGGGCGUAAUGGGCCUGGGUCUACCGCCAGGUGCUGGACCAUCAGGCAUGCACUCUCGCGAAAGUCUGCCGCUUGCAGCCGAGCCCGCUUCCUACCUAGGGCCACCCAAGAGCAGCGCGCCAUCGACGGCGUCGCGUUCAAGAGAUCCCUCGCCAAGACGAUCAGCUGAAGUGCCAAAUACCCAGUUACCAUCCACGGCACGACAGAAUGAGAAGGAAAAAGGCGGGACGUGGCUCGGCAAAGGCCUGAAGAGAUUCAGUAUGCCGCUUGGCGCUGGAUCCAACAGCUGA